CCCGAUAUAUCAAUAUCCCACUUCAGCAAUUCUCUGUUGCCUUCGGUUAGCCGAACAUUUUACAAGAUGGAAAUAAUACCCCUUUGGAGUGGGCUCGCGACGGGCGGCCAGAUAAGAAUUUUUCCAUCGUCGAAUAAUCGGAAAGGAAGCUCGUCGAAUCCGUGUUUAAUCGACGACAAUCGUUCGAGAAUUACGAAACCGCGGAGAAAACGCGAUUGGAUUAAUUUUUCACCGAGGAAAAGAUCCACACGCGGCGAGAUUUUGGGCGAGAGCAGCAAAUUUCUUUUUCUUUUUUCUCCUGAAAAAUUUUCACGCGAAAAAUAGUUCCCGUUUCCUACGGAAUUGACCUAUAGACGCGGGGAUAAAUAAUAACGUUUUAUUUAUAAUUUAGCCGUAAAGUAAAUGUCAUACAGGUAUGAAUAUACAUAUAUAAAUAUAUAUAUACACACACAUACACAACAUAUAUAUAUAUAUAUAUAUAUGUACGUGAAGCUAUAUAUUAUCCUAUAUAUUUAUAUAUAGCGGAGAAAGGAUCAUGCAUGUUAAUGAAUACAAAGAAUCGCGCGGGCAUCGGUAUAUAGCGAAAAAAAAAAGUCACGUAUCUAUCCGUUGAACGUCGAUAACCUACUGACCCUGUCUACUCUACACAUGUCUUGCACGAGUCACCUUUCAGCCUAUUUCUAUGCACAUACUCGUACUUGAACGUACUUGCCGCUACGCGACUUGCUUAUAUCCUUCUGCUUUUUUUUCCCGUUCAUUUUGUUUUUUUUUUUUUUUUUAUAACGCCACACAUAUCGACAAAGUAUUAACGAACGAAGGGGGCAGGGUGAAUUUGCUAUUCCUGUACGAUACAUAAACUACGUACACGUAUACGCGUAUAGAUUUACACGUAUUCCUUCUUUUUCCCACAGUAUAUAUUCAUCGUAUAUAUAUAUAUAUAUAUAUGUAUGUAUAUAUAUACACACAUACAUAUACAAAAAGUACAAACAAACGAAAUUGCAUAGAAAUUGGAAAGAGAGAGCGAUCUCGAAACAACGACGAGGCAGGCAAAACCGACUUACUUCCCUCCUCUCGUCUCUCCCCUCUCUACCUCCUCCUCCUCCCUGUCACCCAUUUUCCCAUUCCAACCUUCUCUCCCCACUCCACUCCGGAACGCUUCCGGCCUCUUCGCAUUCCCUCGCCACUCUCCCCUUCCACUACUCUCUCUCCACCCCCUCUCCUUCCCUCUCCCUCCCAGCCACCCCCCAUCCGCGUGCCCUCCCUUGGCCGGCCUCCGGCGCGAAGGAACGAGAGAAGCGAGUGCCGAGCGAGCUGCUCUGGGUAUUGAUUCCCCCUCGCGGCCGUGGCAGCUCCGCCGCUUCUCGCUGUUCUCCAGCGCCCCAGUCUGGAGCAACUCACUGUCCGUGGCUGCGGCCCGAUUACGACAACCCUUUUCAACCCUCUUCGCGUUUGCCGCUCGCGCCAACUUAUAACUCGCGUAAGGAACGAGUGUGGAGUGGAGGAGCUCGAUAACGAUCGAGCUCCGCGGAUAAUAAGAUUACGUCGAUCGAUUGGGGAGAGAGAGAGAGAGGGAGGAACACGUCUCGUUUCCCUCCUCUGGCUUGAAGAAACGAUUAGCGCGGCUCCUCUCCUCGAGGAGGAUCCAGAGAGGAGGAGAAGGAGGAGGAGGAGGAGGAGGAUACAAGGAGACGUCAAGAUGAACGGGAAGGAUAACAAAAGUGGUGACACUCGCCAAGAUCGUCUGGGUUACGCGUCGUCGGCUUGUUCGGUGGUCACGAUUGAUUGUUGAAAUUGUUGUUUUUCGUUCGACAUCGUUGAUAGUGAAGUAUAUAUAUAUAUAUAUAUGUAUGUAUGUAUUUAUGUAUAUAUAUAUAUAGUUGGAUAUACGUGCACGUAUAUAGCGUGUACGUAUAUAUGACUGCGGUUCGACUGUUUGGAUAUCUACAGUUACGGGAGGCCAGGGUCGGUGGAGCUGCAACGGGAGAGGAGAUUUUUGGAUAGAUUAUCGGAGAUAUCUCCCCCGGAAGGAUUGAAUUUUACUUACUUACUUGCUUGCUUACUUAUUGCUCACACACGUGCUGGCUCACGUGGUGUUGGAAAACGAGCAACGAGCUAUGAAUCUCUUCGGUUGAGUUGUUGUUUCCAUUCAUCUUUCUUUCGUGUAUGUACACGCGAAUGAUUUUAGGGUACCUGGUAUACAUAUAUAUAUUAUAUUUUCCUUCUCCUCUUUGCUCGACUUCGCUUAGCAACGAUUUUCCAAAAAAAAAAAAAGAAUAUAUAUGUGUGUGUAUAUAUAGAUUUAUAAAUUGAAGAGAGAGAAUAUAGGAAGAGAUACGAAUAUUCGUUUCGACGAAUGUUUUCUUUUUCUCCAAGUACAAAGGAAGGGAGUGAAGAAUUUGAGAAAAUUCAGAUGAAUGGAUGAAUGUGAAUGAAAAAGAGAUAGAGAUAGGAGGGGGAAGAGAAAUGAGGGGGCAAAGGAUUUGCAGAGGAGAUUAUUAAUUUUAAUAAAGACGAGAGAAGAGGGCAAAGUACGUGAUUCGUUGUAAAUUAUAUUACAAUGUAAAUACAACGCUAAAAGAGAACGUGAUACCGAAGAUGUAAAAUAUUUUUAUACAGAGAGAUCGUUUCUACGCGUAUAUUGCAAAAAUAUUCUAUAUAUAUAUAUACAUACAUAUAUAUAUAUAUAUAUAUAUAUAUUUAUCUUUGAAGGAAGAAGAAAAACCUAUCGAUAUUACCUUAAGGGAAGAGAGUAUAUUAACGUUUUUUGAAAUAAUCCGUUUCUGUUCGUCGACGUCCUCCCCUCCCCUUUAAGGAUAUCUCAUUUAUCGCUUACUCAUUGAAGGGAUCGAUGAAAGUGUCGAACGAGAAGGAGAGGAUUCUGCGACAGCUGUGAGUGACAUGAGAAGAGAGUGGAUAAGAAAGAUAGAAGAGAUCCUUUUAAAGUUGAAUAAUAAUAAUAAUAAUAAUUAAAAAAAAAAAAAAAGAAGAGGAAAGAAAUCAAAUAUAGUACAAGGUUACGGUUAUAUUAUAUAUUCCGUGAAAUCGUCGAUUUUUUUAAAAAUAGAUUCGUGUUCUAGUUUUACGAAGCAGAAAAUAAUAAUAAUAAUAAUAAUAAUAAUAAUAAAAAUAAUAAAAGAAGGAGAAGAAGAAGAAGAAGAAGGGAUCCUACAGUAGUGAUCUGUAAAAGUGCAAAAAACGGUUUGCCUUAAGAAAAGUAGAGAUAAUUACCGAAUGUACAAAUAUAAUAAUAAUAAUAAUAAUAAUAACAAUCGAAAGAUAUUUUCCGAUCUAUCGAUCUCGGUAUUACAUACCUUAUAUAGCUCGUGUCGUGUUUCGAACGAAAACAGCGUACGCACGUUGUUGCGUUGACGUGUGAAUUAUCGAGAAAGAGAGAGAGAGAGAGAGAGAGAGAGAGAGAGAGAGAGAGAGAGAAGCAGAAAGGAAAAAUAUUAAAGAGAUAUAUCUCAUGCUUUCCCCUUGUCUAUCAUCCCCUCGUCGUCUUGUCUCGUCUUAUCACGUCAUAUACGAUACACGAGUCGGAAUUGUUGCGAAUUCGUUCGAGAGAAAAGGGGAAAAAGAAAAGAUGCUUGAAAAUAUAUAUCGAAGCGGUGUCACCGAAUGAGAGGAGGAGGAUGCACAAUGCACGACGAUUGUGCCUGUUUUAUUUCGUGUGCACGUUCGUGAUCAAGAUGUUGCAUCUGUUGAGAAAACUGUUCGAGCCGUACACAGUCACGUUCACCAAGAAGAUCGUGCAAAUUUUCAAUCGGAGGGAAGAAUUCGCGUGAAUCCUCGCUCGUAUAUGCUCGUAUAAAACAAACACGACACGAUUAGAGAAAGGAAGGAAAACGGCCGGCCAUCCCCAUCCGAAUCCCAGUUACGAUGAUUCGUGCAACGUUGGGCAAUCUCCAACUUGUCCCCUUUUGCGCAGUGAGCGAUGGAAAAUGGAUUUGGAUUCCUUCGACCUCGAAUCGAAUUAAAUAACGAGGAAAUCUUUCACGAUUGAGCGAAAUUAAUCGUUAUCCUCCUUUCUUUCACCCCCUCCUCCUCCUCCUCCUCCUCCCCCGUCCAAAAGACAAUAAUAAUAAUAACAAUAGUAAUAGUAAUAAUAAUAAUAACAAAGAGCAUCGAUCGAAAGAGAAACGAGCGGGUCGAGGAAAAAUUUAAUUUGGAUAAAACUUUAUGCAAGGGGAGAGAGAGAGAAGAAAGAUUCGCAAUUACAUUCCAUCGAGGAGAUAUAUAUACAUAUAUAUGUGUAUGUAAAUAUAUAUCUCUCUCUCUCGGUCGUUCGAUCACACCUCGUCGUCAACGUGCAACGAAGUACGAGGAUAAUGGUAGAGCCGAGAUGGUCGAUCAAGUGUAUGAAUAGUACGUUGAAUUUGUUGUACCCGUGCACGAGUUUCGCGGAUCUGAAGAAACUGCACAAGAAGUAUUGCAAGAAGUACUUUUGCCUUUGCAAAAGGCACACGAUCAGCGUGAUAUGCAUAAAUGAGACGAGAAAAUUGUAUUGGUUCAAUUGCAAGAACGUUCGGGAGAAGGUGAAUUUCGGGCUCGGGGACGGUUAUUAUUACAAGUUGCUUAGAAUAAUUAAUGGAGCGUUGAACACUUGGGCCCAACGUUACAUCGACGGACUGAGCAUCGCACGCCGCGAGAUCAUGUUCAGGAUAAACGGGACGGCCGAGAAAAACAUGAAGCUGUUGAAGGAGGGUUGUUACUGUCAUUAUCAUCCGCACAUGACGGCGGACGCGUGCAACGCCGACUUUCUGAAAAAAGUCGUAAGUUUUUGGGCCGGAGAGGGCCUUAGGGGGAUACGCGAGAAGCUACGCGGUAUGACAAAUUACGCUAAAAAGAUGUCAGAUGACGAUAAAAUGUCCCUAACUACCGCGGUUAGCGACGACGAUGACGGGGAGAGCGUGAUAAAUUCGCCCUAUCGAGGGAAACAGACUGGUACAGCAGCUGCGUCGUUCAAUUGUACGGGGGCGGUACGAAAAGCUGGAUUUCUAAGCGUGAAGAAAUGGCUGUUACGAAAGAAGCACCAGAUCGAGCUAGCGAGGAAGAGGGGUUGGAAAGGUUAUUGGGUUUGCCUGAAGGGGACCACGCUUCUCUUCUAUCCUUGCGAAUCCCAAGAAAGUAGAACCAUGGAGGCGGCGCCCAAGCAUUUGAUCAUAGUCGAUGGCGCGAUAAUGCAACCGAUCCCGGAGCAUCCGAAGAGAGACUACAUAUUUUGCUUGAGCACCGCUUUCGGCGAUGCUUAUUUAUUUCAGGCUCCGUGUCAAGUGGAACUCGAGAACUGGGUGAACAGUAUACAUUCGGCUUGUGCAGCCGCGUUUGCGCGUCAUCGUGGUAAAACUGGAACCCUUCAUUUAUUGCAGGAAGAAAUAUUUCGCUUAGAGAAAGCGAUAGAAUCGGACCACAAAUUAAAACACAUGGCUGAUCUUCAGCAAUCCGUCGUGUCUGACGUAGAGACGAAACAGCAGAUCAACAAUCAGAUUGUUCAGUGGGAAGAAAAUUUGGAGAGACUUCAUUGUGAACAAUUCAGACUCAGAUGUUACAUGGCCAGUUUACAAAGUGGCGAAUUACCAAAUCCAAAGAGUUUAUUGACGCACGUGUCCCGCGCCACGAAGCAGACGUUGAACAAAUUAGGGGUGUUCACCGUGUCGUCGUUUCACGCUUUCAUAUGCGCGCGAAGCCCUUCCCUGUUGAACAAUCUGUUGGCGGGGCGAGGGGCCACCAAGAGAAGGCCGCCAUUAUUGUCGAGAUCCAACAGCGGAUCGAGCAGGAGAUCCCUUCAAAUUUCGUCCAGAGAUGAUGAGAAGACGGUGAAGGUUUUCGUGCCGGAAAAUCAGUUGGUAUCCGUAUUUGUGCGCGAUGCUAUGACAGUGGAAGAAUUCCUCGCAAGCGCUUGCAACAGGAAAAAUCUUAACCCGAUGGAACAUUUCGUUCGCGUGAAGAAACGCCGCGACAUGGAAGAUCAUAAUUAUUUCGUACCACAUAGAACCGACUUGAUAGAGACAUACUUGCACACGCACGAAGUGGUCGAGGUGUGCGCGAAGAUCCUGUAUCAAGUGGAGUUGCAAAGGAACACCCUCGAACAAAUGUGGGGAUUCUCUGUGGAGGCUGAGCUGAUCGAGAAUUCCGAUCGACAGGACGAGCUGUGCUGCUACGUCAGCAGAGUCGAGGAUAAGAGCGUAGCAAUGCAGAAUGGUAUCAUUAAAGGUGACGAAAUCAUGGUGAUCAACGGCGCGAUAGUGAGCGACCUGGACAUGAUGUACCUGGAAAGCGUGUUGCAAGAGGAGGUAGGUUUGUGCAUGAUGAUGAGAUCCUCGAGGACCGAGCCCCCGGAUCUCACGGGGAUAAUGAGAGUGACCGACGACAUAAUCGAGAGUUUGGUUUGCCCGCCGCCACCCUCCGACCCGCCUGUUAUAAGCGAAGAAAUGAUCUCUGGGUUAAUCGUUCCGGCUCCUGGAUGGAGCAAAGAAAGUAUCAUGCAGGAGUGCACAACGACAUCUCACAUGGAGAAUGGUAAACAAACGUCUCGGACGAAUUCGUUCGAGAUAGAGAAUUUGUUGAAAACGGCGGAACAAGUGACGGGGAUCUGUCGAUCGCCUGGUGAAACGCGAAAGUCGAGCCCAACCGGAAGCGUUGUUAGUUCUCAUUCCCAAGCUUUGACGCCGAGCAGGCAGUUGAGCGACGCUGAGAAACUGAAGAAAGUUAUUCUAGAAUUAAUUGAGACUGAACGUACUUACGUGAAGAAUUUAAAUAAUUUGUUGGAGAACUACUUAGAGCCCCUUAAACGCGAAACCUUCCUAUCGAAUGCAGAGAUAAACGCAUUGUUCGGGAACAUACAAGAGAUUGUUACGUUUCAACGGCAAUUUCUACAAAAUCUUGAUCACGCGAUCGAGAUGGAAGCUGAUUUCAAUAAUUUCGAUCAUCCUAGUCAAUUUAAGGGUGUCCUGUUUUCCAUUGGAAGUGCCUUCUUGUAUUACGUAAAUCAUUUCAAGUUGUACAGUUCGUUUUGUGCUAGCCACUCAAAGGCGCAAAAGGUUUUACAUCCAAAUGAAGGAAACCAAGCUUUACAAGAGUUCCUGCAAGCGCGAAAUCCAAGGCAGCAACACUCGUCGACAUUAGAAUCAUACUUGAUUAAACCUAUUCAACGAAUAUUGAAAUAUCCUUUGCUCUUGCAACAACUUCGAAAUCUCACCGACGAAAGAAGCGAAGAACACCAACACUUGAUCGAGGCUUUGAAAGGUAUGGAAAAAGUAGCAGAGCACAUAAACGAAAUGCAAAGAAUUCACGAAGAAUACGGAGCCAUCUUCGAUCACUUGUUCAGACAACAUCAAAAAUCUUGCAAGCAGCCGAUCGAUUUAAGCCCGGGAGAUCUUUUGUAUUAUGGAGGUGUCGAGUGGCUCAAUAUUUCCGACUUUCUUGGUAAAAUCAAGAAAGGUUUGGAACUGCACGCAAUGUGUUUCGUUUUCAAAUCUGCCGUCGUAUUCCUGUGCAAGGAAAGAUUGAGGCAGAAGAAGAAACUUAUGGGAGUAUCGACGAAAGCGAAUUCCAGCGAGGUGGAGAUAAUACGUUAUCAAGUGUUGAUUCCUGUAACGGAAGUGCAAGUUAGAGCCAGCUCCGCCAAAGACAUGGAAUCUCAUUUCUUGUGGGAAUUGAUCCAUUUAAGAAGUCAAUUACAAAGAAGAUCGGAGAAAGUAUAUGUGCUUUCCAACAGCACAACGGAAUUCAGGAACGCGUUUUUAAGGACGAUACGUCAAAUUAUUCGAGAAUCGGUCCGGAACAUGAGCAUACCGUCGACGAAACAAAACCUUAGCCAACCACCGAUCAGCAUUUCCCCACGAAUGUCGACCGGCCACGUGGAGAAAUUCGAGAAACAGUCGGCUGGAACGAGUCAGGUGGGGCAAAACGGUGGCAACGGCGGCAGUGGGGUGGCCACGUUGUCGAAGAAGAAACAGCAAUUGUUGACAACGUCGCACAACGUGAAGCGGAAAUACAGCCAAUCGAAACAGGCUGUGGAGCACGAGAGCUCCGAGGAUAAGGACAACGAGGAGGCGGGGGCCUCGGCCAUUAACCAACAGCAAACGACAUUUCGCUCCCGGAGCAAGACCAUAAGCGACACAUCCGGGGAGAUAAAGGUCGAGAUGGACUCGGGGACGAAAUCGGAGGGUGAGGAAGACUCGCAAGCUUUUUUAGGUGAGAAGAAGGCGAAUUUGGGCCGUACACCGAAUCAUUUGACUUUGAGCACCACUUCGACAAUUUCAGCAGGAAGUACGGGUAGUCAGGCGAGACUGAUCCAAUCUUCUCAUCAACCGGAAAAUUAUCAACCAAUCACGGUCAAGGAACUUGGUUCGCCGAUUUGGAAACCGCGGGAAUUACCCUCGUUAGGUGAGUCCACGACGUUGCCACGUAAGGGUAAGUCGGCGAGCGAGUUUGGGGAUAUAAGCUCGUCUCAUAGCGCCUCCCGAAAGUCUCUCAUAGAAAUCAAUAAUUGUGCUCAACAAUCUAACUGUAAUAACCACGUUUAAAUUAAAAGAGAGGAGAGAGAAAAAAAAAGAAAAAAAAUAGAUGUUAACUGAUUGACAAACUAUCAAGGUUAACUUUAAAAAGAGGGGGAAAAAAAAAAGAAAAAAAAAAAGAAAAUACAACAAAGUAAACAACUAUUCGAUUAUCGCGUAAAAAAAAAAAUUGUAAAGACUUAACUUAGCGCUCGCUUGCCGCCCACGCGGAAUAGUUAAAAAAACAAAAAAAAGAAAAAAAGAAAAAAAAACUAUUCUCGCCCCUGUACGCGUUUCCCAAUACACUAACACACCAACUUCCGCACCACAUCUCCUUCUCGUUUUUUCGUCUUCCAAACGCACUACGCGUUAUAUAUAUGUAUAAAUAUAUAUAUAUAUAUAAAAAAAAAUUAAUAAUAAAAAAAAUGUCGUUGGUGCUACUCCUCUGUACAACGAACGAUAUUCAAUUGUUUGACAGGAGAGAAUCUUAAAGAAGGGAGAGAACUUUGCUUUUAGAACUUGUGCGGGAAACACACUUCCCUCGCAAUCGAUCGAACGACCGAAGAAUGUUUUCGAUAUACGCAUGACUUUAUUAUGCGCGAGUGAUGACAAUUUUAAAGUACUUUACGUUCUUACGCCGGCUAUAUCUUAAUCUUUCAUCCGCUAUUGGAUAGAUGCAUCGAUCAGUUUAUUGUCGCAUCUUAUCGAUAUUAUAUAUAUAUAUCGAUCGAAAAAUCGAAUCAUCGGUUAAAGUGAUAAAUUACCAUAAUAUAAGGCGUCGUAUAUAUAUAUAUAUUCUUGUCCAUAAAUCUGCCCACGUUCUUGAACGUAAUAUUUAUUAAAAAUAUCUUUGAAAUAAUAAUUUUUCGUUUUCGAUCUUCUAAAUACAAAAUUUAUUUUUUAUCUAUUUCGCGAUUUAUGGAUGGGGAAAUGUGCACACGUGCUAGAAAGUAAAACGAAUUUAACGAAAUUUACGAGAUUUUAUCUAUUGAUAUUAUCACAUACAUCGAUCAUUACCAACGCCACUACCAACGCUGUUGCCGCAUCCCGUUAUUGCAACCACAACUAUACUAACAUCUUCGACUUCAACCACCACACAAUUACUACCGUUACUACUACAACCACUGCUAUCGCUACUACUAUCGCUGCUGCUGCUAUUACUACUUCUGCGAUUAUUGCUGCUCCUGCUGUUUACAACUUAUUGCAUGCCAUCCGUACAAGCACGUACGAAGCGAUUUUCGUUUAUACCUCGACUCUCGUCUCGACUAUAAUUAUUUCACCAUGUUUUCUUUUCUGCGUGGACGGCAAUGCGACACCACGUAAUAAUAAAACUCUGUAUAUAAUGUAAUAUUGAUGCGAUCAAUAUUGUCAUUAUUAUUAUUAUUUAUUAUUUAUUAUUAUUAUAAUUAUAAUUAUAAUUAUCGUCGUCGUUGUCGUUACUAUGAUUAUCGUUAUGUGUACAGCAUUCAUGUUAUCGCAUAUUGUAUCAAUCAUCAAGAUUUUUUUUUAAUCGUUAUUUUUAUUAUUAUUAUUAUUAUUAUUAUUAUUAUUAUUUAAUUAUUAUUAUCUAUUACUUAAGAUUAUCGUUAUUUUUUAUUCUAAUUAUUUAAAUAAUUAAAUUAUUAUAUCGCCAUCAUUAUCAUCAUUAUCAUUAUUAUCAUUAUUAUUUCUGUAUUAUAUAUUAUUAUUAUAAUAAUAUCGUUGCCGUAGUUAUUACUGUUAUUACAUCAUAUUUCCUCAUCUCUGUAUUCGUUGUUGAGACGACACGCAUCAUCGUUAUGGUCGACUAAUUUGGAGACAUAAUAUAUAUAUAUAUAAUACAUAUACAUAUAUAUUAUAUAUAUAUAUAUAUAUCUAUAUAUGUCUGUAAAAGAAGAAAAGAAAAAGAAAAGAAAAAAAUAUAAACGACGACGUAACGACGAGUAAAUUUAGCGAACAAGUAAAAAGAAGAAAAAAAUAUGAAUUUAACGAGAUAAGUCGUAUAUAUAUAUAUAUAUACAUAUAUGGAUUUCAACAAAGAAAAGAAAAAUAAAAAAAAAACGUACAACUAUUGUGUGUACAUAUGUAUGUCGCGUGUGUAUGCGCGUAUGCACGCGUUGUGCGUACGUGUCUUUACCGCGUAUUUUACUUCGAAUAAGUAACUUUGAAAACGGUGGCACGUACAGAGUAUAGAUACAAUUCGUAUACAUGCAUAUGUGUAUACAUAUGUACAUAUAUGUAUCGUAUAUGAGGAAGGCGGUUUUCCACAUGUUGUCACAUCCACACACAUAUACACACAUACACGUACACAUAUACAAAUACAAACGCUGAGUUUUAAUCUCAUUUUUUGGACUCGAGUAUUCUUUUCGUAAUAGGAAAUUUUAUUUUUAACGUUAACCAAUGAAUUAUAAUAUAACUGGUGAUAAGGAUAUUCGAGGCUAAAAAUAUUAAGGGAGGGGACGGGGGAGGGGGUGACAAGGUUUGCGAGGCUUUGCAAAGGAAAGGUCUCUUUGGUCGACGACCUUAUAUAAAUAUAUAAUAUGUUGGUUGUUAAAUGAAGCGUGUGAGCGAAGAGCGAGUAAAUAUACCUACCGACCUACCGCUCGACCGGUAUCUUUAUUGAUCUUAAAGAGAAUCAAUUAUGGUGAUAUAUAUACGCGCGUUUAAGCUUUUAAGAUCUGUCUAAAAUGAGGAAAAAGAAAAGAGAACAGAAGAGAAACGUUAAUGAAAAGAAAGAAAACGUCCGUGUGGAAUACCGUCGUAACAUCGAUGAUAUAUAUAUAUAUAUAUUAUAUUAUAUUAUAUUAUAUAUAUAUAUAUAAAUAUAUAUCACAAAAAUUAACGAUAUUCGACGUAUAAACGCAAUGUUAAAUGAGUACUAAUAAUAAGUUAACACGAUAUCGAGUGAUUAAUACUUGUAAAUUAGAAAACAGAAAGUAUAUCUAUAUCUACAUGUAUAUCUACAUAUAUACGUAUGUGCGUGCGUGAACGUAUGUGCGCCCGUGGGUGUGUGUAUAUAUAUGGUAUAUAUUAACAUAUAUAUAUAUAUAUAUAUACAAUAUAUACAGGAUGAGAGUAAAUGGUUGUUCAUAAAUCUAAGGAUAUAUAUAUAUAUAUAUUAGUGCACGUGGUGCACAUCGUGUACGCUUACACUUUUCCUUUAUUUUCUCGUUCUCCCUGAAUGAAUGAAGAGAAUACACCGAUUCCGAUUCCGAGACAAACGCGAUAGAAUUUUGAAAAAAAGAAGACGAAUAAUGUAUCCAUAAAUUUUUGAACAUCACUUGGAAUCAUCCUAUAUAUAAAAUUUAUUACGUACACAUAUAUUAUUUAUAUGAAUGGCACGCAUAUACGGAUGCAUAGGGAGAGAAAAAAAAAGUUAUAUUAUUUAUUUUCUUCGAAACACUUCAUCGAGGAUCACGCGUUGACGAUGUAAAUCGAUUGUGUCGAACAAGAGGAUUUUAUGUUAAAAAUUACUCUAUCUAAGUUUGAUCACUUGUUUGAAACGAACAAUGAAGCGUUAAAGUUUAAUAUUAUUUCUUUUCGUUUUUACUGUUUACAUUCUAUUCCUUCUCGCUUUCUUUUUUCUUUUUUUUUCUUUCUUUUUUUUUCGUAAACGUUAUCUAUAAUCGUUCGUACCUUCCAAUGUGGAGAAAAUAAGAAGCACAAAACGCAAAGUGUAUAGACAAUUUAUCCGGACGAGUUUAUCCUAUAGAGUGAAUAUACACCAUUUAUUUUUAUCGUCGAAACGGAUCGCAUUUUUUACCGAGCGUCUUCCAUAUUAUAUUUUUUCGUAUAAACACUACACCUUCCACGUUCGACAUUACCGAUUUAGAAUUCCGGGAAAAUUUUUUUUUUUUUUCGAUCUAUCCGAUAAAAUAUGUAUGUAUAUAUAUUUCACCCGAACGAAUCGAAUAUGUAUAAUACAUAGAAGAAAAAAACGGAACACGACCGAGUGUAUCGAGAUUUUAUUAUGUGCUUUGCGCGACAUUCAUUUUUUUAAACAAUGAAAGAAUGAGAAAAGAGCGCAUUAAUUCCGAUCUAAUUAAUUUCGAUCGAUUCGGUCACGAUCGCAUCCGAUGACGACCGUGUGCAACGGGAAAGAUUGAACUUUGAUUGAACCCGUCUCUAUUGCAAAGUCAUCUUCGCACAUGUUUGUAUUUAUUAAAGUUAUCUUAUCUUUGCAAAAAAAAAAAAGGAAUCCAUUAAUAUUUUUAUCUAUACACCUGUGUGUAAUUAGAACGUUAAUUGUUAAAGCGUCGAUAAGCGCAACAGGAUUAUUUCAAUAAACAUUAUUUUUCGUAUUUUAUAUUCUUAUAUAAAAAUCUGACUCGACUUCAAAUUCGUUUAUAUCAUUCAUAUUUAUUUCUUCUUCCUAGUUCUAUUUUGGAAAAAAAAAAAAGAAUAAGAGAUCAAAUCAAACAAGAUAAGUAGCGAGUGUAAAAAAGAAAGGAGAGGAGAGACAGGUCGAAACCGAAAAUCGAUCGAUAUAUACUAUAUAUAUUUUUUUUUCCAUCCAAAAAAAAGAGAAAAAAAGUUUGACCACACAGGUGCGGUAAUAAAAAAUUCUAAAACACUCAAUGCUCAAUUAUCAUCGUGUGUGCUCUUUUUCUCAUUCAACAUCCAUAUAUACAUAUAUACGUGCGCACAUUAAACAACAUAUGCACACACUUACAUUAGCAAUCGCAUAAUCGCACACGUGCGCAUAUACACACAAUACGUACGUAAUGUUAUCGAUUAAUAUAUUUCACGACAGAGAAGAAAAAUAACAAAAUACCUACUUAUCGAUUACUACUAGAUGUCAUGCGUGCGGAUUUAAAAAAAAAAAAAAAAAAGAAAAAAAAUCUACAGAAGAUUUUCCGUUGCUCGAGUUAUUGCAUUGUCUACUACUAUUAAUACUAAUACUAAUACUAAUACUAAUACUACUGAUAUAUACACACACACACACACACAAACACACAUUACACAGGAACACAGACACAAAUUUUAUUGUAUAAAUUUUUUUGCCGAGAUGCGUCUCCGAACAAAAAGUUUGGCAUUUCCCUUUUUUCUCGAUCCGCAGCGUGACAGAUCCUACUCAUUCUACACGCUCUACGCUAUAAGAUAAGAUUCUCUUUCCCCUGAUAAUGAAAAUCGCGAGAUGAAAAUGUAAUCGGCUCGGGCUUACGUUCAAGAGAAUUAUCCACGAUUUUUUCGGAGUCGAGAUCGAAAUCCAAUAUCGAGAACGAAACGUUUUUUAUCUCGACGAUCGAAUGAUGACUUGAGGAAAAAAAAAAAAAAAAAAGAAAGAAAAUUGUAAACGUUUCGUAUUAAAUUUUGACAAUCAAUGCGAAGCUUCGAAGACUUGCUAUUCGUGUCUUUUUCUUUUUUCGUUUCAAAUCAAAGAAGAAGAAGAAGAAGAAGAAGAAGAAGAAGAGAGAAGGAAAAGGGAGAAAGAGGGAAUUAGGGCGAGGGAUAAGCGUAAUAAUUAUCGUUAAUCACGUUGAUAAGCGUUUUAAUAAACAACAAUAAGUAUCGUUAUUUAAUUAAGGAUAAAUUGAAAAAAAUGGAGAAUCGGCGCAUUUUGCGGAGGAGAAGGAGGAGAGAGUAAUGGAACGGAGAGAAUCUUGGGCCCGAGGAGGGAUGUAGGUUUCGAAAAAAACGCGCAAAGUUCCUGAAGAUUAAGAUAAAACGCGGCCAGAAUGAACACGCGGAUGAAACGAGAAAAAUGGCGAAUAAUGGACGAAACGUAGGUGGAGACGUAUCUUGGUAAAACAUAGUUGGCCUAGUAACGAGUUUCAUAUUUUUCGCCCCGAAUCGCAGUGAAUCGUCGAAUAAUUAUCAUCUAUUAUACAAUAUUAUUGACAUUAUCCACAAAUUUUAUUGAAAUAAAAAACUUUAUCGAUACCGUUGAACAUAAUGUACUUGAAUUAUGACGACGACAACUUCGAUACUGUUAUAUUGGAAAGAGGGUGAUGGGUGGGAAUGAAGAGAAAAGUGAGAAGGAUAAGAAGAGGGAGUGAGCGAGCGAGAGAAGUAUAAGUGUGCGUGUGAUUGUACGUGAAAGAAAUGAGUGAGAAGAGAAAGAGAGAAAGGGAGAGAGAGGUAGAGAGUAUGCGUGAGUGCAUGCGUGUGGAGAGGAAGACAGAGAUGGCGGAAAAGUAUACACACGGACGCAAACCGUUCGAAUGGAUGUGAAUCCGAACAUUUUAAACGAUCGAUAGAAUUAUUAUUGUAUAAUAUAAGCGGGAGUUAAAAAAAAAAAAAGAGAAAAAAGAAAAAAAACUGCGAAUACGAAAAAAAAAUAAAAGCAAAUUGGAACAGGGUGGGCUGUUCGUGGUAAAAGACGAAACAAGGGAUAGGAUAACGAUUACAGUAAACUAUGUAACUAUGAAGUCUUUCCAUCUUCUUUUUUUUCCUUUCAUUGUGUCACGUAAAUACGUCUUUACACGCGACUCUUGUGUGCGAUGAAUCUUGGAUGCGAUGAGUAAAGAAAAGGGGGAGGAAAAAAAAAAAGAAUAAAAAAGAUAAGAAAUAAAAAAAGGGAAAAACCUUGUAAGUACGUAUAUUAAAAAAAAAAAAGAAAAAAAAUACGCGAACGCGCAGUGUAAACCAUGUUGUUUACGUUUCCAUCUAUUGUGUAAUUAUACAUUAGUAAUUGAACAUUAUAAUUACGGUAAUUCCUUGUAUUUAUUGUUAUCGUUCCUCGGUUAUGCGGAAAUGUUCAAGGAUGAUCCAUUUGUACAAUCAUUGAGUCAUUAAAAUAUGAUUAUUCGGUA